AUGGGAGUCUUGUCCACCAAGAGCAAACUCUCCGCCGUCGAGAACGCCGUCACAGUUUCCGCGUUUGCCCGUAGGCGUCUCCCCGUGGUGAUGACUAGGCUACGGAUGGCGGAGACGGUACAAGCGGCGACAAAACUCAUCGAGCAAGGCCACGUCCGCGUAGGUACGGAUACCAUCACCGACCCAGCGUACCUAGUCACCAGAGGCAUGGAAGACUUUGUGACUUGGACCGUCGGCAGCAAGAUCAAGAAGACAAUCAUGAAGUACAGGGACGAGCUCGACGAUUUUGAGCUGUUGUAA